ACAUGAUAAAACCCUCUCCCACCAAUAUCAUAUUUCUUCACAGUUUUCUUGCCCCCUUUUCCUCCUCCUCCUCAGCCGGCCUCCGCUCCACAACCCUCAUCACCACCACCGCCACCGUCACCGCCGCCGGUACCACCGUCAGCUGCCUCUUCAACCCACCCAACAAUUUCCAGUUUUACCCUUCUUGCCCAUACCCUUUUCUCUCUCUUUAUAUGCAUAUCCAUCAUACCCAGAAGUACCUCACGUUUCUUGACUGUUUCUUGAACCUGCCACCAUCAAACCGCCAUAAAAGAGGUGUUCUUUAGUCUUAUCAAGAUACCUGCACAUGGUUCGCAAAAGGGUUUUCAAAGUUUUGACCUUUUUGUGAACUGGGUCAGAAUUGUUGAACUAUUACAGUCAGAUCUUCAAGAAAAAGCUGGUAUCUUGGUUCUUUGUUAGUUUUAUGAGAUACCCAGUUCUUGUUUCUUGAAUUUUAGGGUUUUAAUCAAGACUUUUGGUAUGUAUUUGUUGAGGAUUUGGUGUUUUCUUGCUUGAAUUUGGGCAAGAUUGUAGGUUACAAACUUACAAUGGUACUUUGAUAAAUUAGGGUUUUCAAUUUAGGGUUCCGAAAUGUCUUGUUAGUCAAGAGGGCAUAUUCUGAUUGUUGUUGUUGUUCCAAACAUGGCUGCAAAUAGUCAAUGUUUUGUGGAAUGGAAAGAACAAUAUGUUUCGAAAGAAAGGGGGAAGAGGGUAGUUCACUAUUUCUUAAAAGAUACUUCGGGUGAAUCGAUUUUAGCGGUUGUGGGAACCGAAAGGAGUGUUAGGCAUAUGUUUUAUGUGGUUGCUGAGGACUUUUUGAAAGCCAACGAGACCGAUUAUUCGGUCAAUGCGGGGUACCGAUGGAGAUCAAGGAGAGAGGUUGUGAAUUGGCUUACUUCUAUGUUAUCGAAACAGCAUGGGCAAGGCGAACAUUCUAAAUCUCCUAAAACUGAUCGCAUUUCGGGAGUCGGUGCUUCAUUUCAGAAUCGUCUUGCAAAUAAUUCGAAUGUACGGGUACUGGAUAUAGUGUGGUCAGGUGCAGCAUGGACCUGCAGUAAACAUCUCAAACAUUUCCCAGCUUUUUGCAGAAACGGGAUUACAAUAGCGGUACAAUCAUUCGUUUAUGUUAUGGCCGAAGAGGAAAAAUGCCACCUUGCGUAUCUUGAAGAUAUGUACGAGGAUCGAAAAGGUCAAAAGAAAGUCAAAGUUAGAUGGUUUCACCACACUCAAGAAGUACAAGCUGCCAUUACGCUUAAAAGUCCGCAUCCAAAAGAGGUUUUUAUUACACCUUACGCGCAAGUUAUCAGCGCCGAGUGUGUUGACGGCCUGGCCCUUGUUUUAGCCCGUGAACAUUACGACAAGUGCGUGUCUACGCUCCCGGAGGAUCUAUUGAACCGGGUUCAUCUUUGUUUGAGACAGUUCAAAACCAACCGUGUGAAACCGUUUAAGUUGACUAAAUUGGGUGGGUAUUUUGAUCAGCCGGUUUUUUCGGUUCUUGAUACCGACAUUCUCGAUGAUGAAGAAAAUAGCCCAAGAGAUACUGUUAGGUUAGGAGUUAAGAGACCUAGGAGUUCUCGAGGGCGACAGGUGGCGUCGUGUGAUUCGUCCAGCAUGGACGUGAAAUAUGAGAUUUUGAGACGAAAGCUAAUCCCUAAGUAUGUGAAGAACCGGGGAUCGAAUCUCAUGUUUCUUAAGGUUAAUGAAAAGAUCGAGUUAUUGAGCUUAGAUAGCGGUAUUCGCGGAUGCUGGUUUAGAUGUACUGUAUUACAAGUUACGAAGAAACAAAUGAAAGUCCGAUAUGAUGAUUUGAUGGAGGAAGGCGGAAGUGGUAAUCUUGAGGAAUGGGUUCCAGCUUUUAGAUUGGCCGCGCCUGAUAAACUUGGGAUAAGAUGCUCGGGCCGACCCACAGCAAGACCCGCCCGCAUCGAAAAUGAAACCGACGUUGCUUUUGAGGUUGGGUCCCCGGUGGAUGGGUGGUGGAGUGAUGGGUGGUGGGAAGGGGUUGUCACUAAAAUUGGUGAAUCCGAUGAUGGGGAUGUUCAAGUUUAUAUUCCCGGUGAAAACUUGGUUCUCGAACUACACAAAAAGAACAUUAGGGUUUCAAGAGAUUGGGUUGGAGACCAUUGGGUCGAUCUCGAAACAAAACCGGACAUUCUCUCGUUGAUUCCCGUCAAUCUUAACGAAAUCAAGCCUGGAACUUUCCCCUUUUUAUCCAACGAAAACCCUGAACCCGUUGAGCCGCCCGAGCCCGCUGAGCCCGUCGACGACUCCAACGACAACGACCCACUUCAAAGCGUGGACCCGGACCCUGAGCUCCAUGACAAAGGAAAAGACCCGAGUUCAGUUCGUGAUGAUAAUGAUUUACAAAUUGGUGAAAAGGGCGAGCGUACAAGCGAAAACAAGGAAGAAUGAUUUACUGAAAAACCGAAGGGCGGUUUAUGUAUAUAAGUGACAAAGUGAGGUUAGAAUGUGUACUUGUUUUUACUGAUCUGUUUUAGGGAACAUCUAACUAGGAGAAAGAGAGACACCUUAUGGUUGGUGUCUCCAAAUUUGUAAGGUUCUUUUUAGUAAAAAAGGCAAGUUCUUUUUGUUGAUCUAGAUUGCUUUGAUGACUUGUACAUUGUGCAUUGGAAGGUGUACAUUUGUCAGUAUGGGAUAAAGGGGGGACCAUUUGUGUACCAUUGUUGGUGGUGCUUACUGUAACAGUGGAACUGUUGAUUAGGUUAUGAAGUAUGAUCAUCUUUUA